AUGGAAGGCUCGACUGGGUACUAUCCAUACGAUGGCAGCUUAAAUACCGACGGCGGCACUCCUCAUUUAGAUCCCAACGAAAUUUCAAGACUGCCCCCGGGCUACGACUGGACUUGGGGACACGGAACACCCGCAUACCUACACUCGAUGGGCCUUAAUCCCUACGCCCCUCCCCCUCCUCCUCAGUACCAUGACCGACCGCCCCUCCCACCCAACACGUCAUCAACAUCGUCCUCCUCGCGAGAUGUGCCCGGAUCGACACCUAAGGUGGCCAUUCCACGGUCGCAAAGCUCAAGCAGUCAAUCUGAACGACGCCGGUCGGCGAGAGCCUGUGAACCCUGCCGACAGCGGAAGAUCAAGUGCGAUGGGAACAAACCGGCCUGCAGACAGUGUGUGGAGCAUGGCGUGAAGUGCACCUAUAUGGAUGUCAAGCGGGUGCGGGACCAGAAACAACUUGGGGCAUUGGCGAAGAAAGUCGAUCGCUAUGAGAAGCUGUUGGAAGACAUCGAGAUGGAGGUCGAGCCUCAGACGUCCAGGCGAAUUAGGAAGGCGAUAAAGACAUCGAAUCAACCUUACACCGGCGACGAAGCUUCUGACUCGGACGACGAUUCUGAAUCCAUCGGAUCCCUAGACAACAUUGACUUGGUUGAGGAAGACCUCAAUCGGAAUGAGAAGACGGUGGCGAUGGGGUUCUUUGGGAAGAACUCCGAGGUCUCGUGGAUGCAACGCGUUGAAGACGAGGCCAUGAGCCUCAGUCGCCAGUCCUCGGAAUCUAUCGACGCAAAAGACAACCCAGCUUCUUCCAGCCAGAGCUCCACCCACCGACCGGACUAUUCGAUCUCAACGCUCAAUUACCACCUCGAUGAUCUCAGCAUCCCGUUCCUGGAAUCGGUGGACCCCUACGCACUGCCGCCUAAGGAGCUGGCCGACCGGUUCUACGCGGCCUACUUGGAAUCCGUCAAUCCUAUUUACAUGGUAAUUCGACCGAAGACGUUCACCGAACAAUAUCAGAAAUUCUUCCGGGGACCGUCGCGUCCGCCACGCACGUGGCUCGCCAUCCUGAAUCUGAUCUUCGCCAUUGGAUGCCGUUAUCUGCGACUGGUCAACAACGCAGAUGACGGGGACCUGGAUGAUCUGGUGUAUCUGAACCGGGCUCGCAAACUGGCGUUGAGCGGGAACGUGCUGUUUGAGCAUGCCGAUCUCCAGCAGAUCCAGGUGGAAUCUCUGGCCGCUUUCUACCUCCUGUCGCUGGACCAGGUGAAUCGGGCUUUCAAGAUGUCCAGCUUGGCGUUCCGAUCCGCCCUGUCGCUCGGGAUCAACCUUCGCUUUGUGGAUGACCGGACGCAGAAUGCCUCGAAGGAAGCCCGCAGCCGCCUCUGGUGGGCCAUCUACAUCUUCGAGCACCUGCUCACCUCGAUCACUGGUCGGGUGUCCUGCGUCGGAGAGGGUGUCACUGCGACUCCGCUGCCCGUUCCAUUCGAUGAAGACAAUUUCAGCCGACCGGAGGCGCUUUGCCUGCUUCAGGACACGCCGCUGCGGGCGAGCCGUCUCAAGAUGACGCUCUUCCAGACCCCCGAGGAAGGCAGAACCACUGCCGAGUGGCUGGCCACCUGCCCUCCGAGCCCGUCACUGCUCUUCUAUUGCAUCUCUGACCUGUCCAGCAUCAUGCAGGCCGUUAUCAACAAGGUCUACAGCCUCCAGGGAUUGCGGGACCGAGCCAGUCAGGUCGAACAGCGCAUCCGAAAGUCCGCCGCCACCUUGGAAACCUGGCUGUCCAAGGUGCCCAAAGUCUACCGAUUUACCGAGUCGCAUAGCGAUCGGCUUCACAUUCCCGAGCACGGUCCGUUCCUGCGAGAACGUGUUUACCUCGCGUUUUCGUUCUACAGCGCUAAAAUCGGCCUUUGCCGACCCUGUCUCUCGCAUUCCAACAUGAAGCCCGACGUCGCCGAAGAGCCGACCCGUCGCGCGCGUCUGCGUACCGACAUGGCUCUUACCUGCCUGCGAUCCUCCUGCUCGCUAAUCUCCAUCUUUCCCGAUGAACCGGAUAUCUUCUGGCUCGCCCGGAUCGCGCCCUGGUGGAGUGCCCUUCAUUUCAUCAUGCAGGCGACGACCGCACUUCUGCUGGGGCUGACGUGCUGGCCGAAAGUUGAAAUGGAAGAUCGGAUGCUCACCGAGUGGCAAACGAUCGACAAGACGAUGAUGCUCGCGUCCACCCGAAAGGCCUUCCAAUGGUUGUACGCGAUGAGCGAGAAGAACACCGCCUUUCGACGUGCUUUUAUUACCUGCGAUAGUUCCCUCCGUCGAAUCGCCCCGAGUCUGGGCCUCGACAUUAGUGAUUUUCCCGAUGGCAGUUCGCUUUCCCCGACGGAUGGCAACAUCCUUGGUGGGGAGAAUAUCGGACUUGAUUUUUUGGAUCUUUAA